AUGGAAGAAGGGUUGCAACAGCAGCAGAAGGGCUCCUCUGUUUAUAAUCAAGCAACUACGGAAUAUGGCUAUGGAAGUUCGCUAGCCUACGAUCAGUCCGAAGACAUUGAAUCUGCCGCGAGGAAUGCUCUUCUCCGAGAACAAGACAUAGAAACGCAGAAGAUCAUACAAGGUCAAAGAGAGGCUGGGACUUCAGUAGCUGAAGACAGUAACACCGACAUUCUUCGCAAUCGUGCUGACCCCAAUGCGCUAAAGGAACAUUUGUUAAAGUUCACUGCAAAUCACCGGGCAGAAGCAGCGUCGAAGCGUGGGAGUGUGAGUACAUGCGGAGAAGGUAAUGUGGAUGUUGGAAAUGGUUAUGGUAUACCGGGUGGAGUUGCUUACGCUGGCCACUCCGAGAAGCCUGAACCCACUGAUGCUUCAAACAAUUUGCCUGAAUAUCUCAAACAUAAAUUAAAAGCCAGGGGAAUUCUCAGAGAGGCUGCUACAUCCAACACGCAACAUGAACCAGCGGUUAGUUGGAAUAGACAGACAACUUUACCUUUUCCGACAAAUGCAAGCACCUUACCAUUCGGAUGGGUAGAUGCGAGAGAUCCUUCUACUGGUGCUACAUAUUACUAUAACCAGCAGACCGGAAAAACCCAGUGGGAAAGGCCACUUGAGCCAACUCCCACCGCUUCAAUUGCGCCACCUUUGGCUCCUAGAGAAGAGUGGAUUGAAACACUUGAUGAAACAUCUGGCCAUAAGUAUUACUACAAUACAAAGACACAUGUAUCGCAAUGGGAAGCUCCACGCUCUUUACAGAAGCCCGCUACCACAAACAUCGCUAACAACGCGGUCACUCAAGACACUGCUAGUGUGAAGAGCGAGCAUACGCCCUCUCAGCUUCCUAGAUGCAGCGGAUGUGGUGGCUGGGGAGUGGACCUUGUCCAGAGCUGGGGUUAUUGUGUCCACUGUACCAGAGUUUUCAAUCUCCCAGAACGACAGUACUUGCCAGCAAGCUUAAACAACUUCACAAAUGCAGGAGAAUCUGGGCCAAAGGAUCCAAAUCAGAGGUCCAGUUCAAAACCUCCCUUGAAAAAAGGAUCAGGCAAGAAACGAGCUCAUGCGGAGGAUGAUGAUUUGGACCCAAUGGACCCAAGCUCUUACUCAGAUGCGCCACGUGGUGGCUGGGUUGUUGGACUGAAAGGAGUACAACCGCGAGCCGCUGAUACAACUGCCACAGGACCUUUGUUUCAACAGAGACCGUAUCCAUCACCUGGAGCUGUGCUGAGGAGGAACGCUGAGGUGGCAUCAUCGCAGAAGAAGAAACCAGGCUCUCAUUUCACGGAGAUCACAAAGAGAGGCGAUGGAAGUGAUGGUCUUGGUGAUGCUGAUUGA